AUGCAAAGAUUUUCCGUUCGUGGCAAAUGUAUUGUCACCCCUGCCGACUCGCCGGAGACACUUCACUUGGCUGGAGCGCCUACGCAUUACCUUCAGAGCAGUCGUGUCAGUAACACUGGGCUGAAGCUGCACUAUUUCAGACGUACCUGGCGGUUGCCUAGUCCAAGGACGGUGCGUUAUAUAGACAUCCGCCGACCUUCACCUCAACUCUUCCUCGCUAAAUCAACAUCACUUCCACGACAUUUGACCCCUACUCAUGAUGUCUUCACAAUCCUGGAGGGAAAGCUUCUCUCUCUUGAGGAGUGUGCUAAACCAUCCUCUCUCUACGACACAGAUUACCCCACUUGGCAACGCCUUCACUCCGCUCUUUUCCACGUCAUCCGCGGUACUGGCGAUGCUGAUAAACAGAAAGACAUCCUACUCAAGCUAGUGGGCAACGCUGGUCCGGGCGGAGACGAUGUAGUAGCGUUGCAGAACCUAGCUGCGUUAUACGAGGAAACGGGGGAGCACGAUCAGGCAGAGAGGCUCGCGAAGGAGACUUUGCCAUUGCUUCAAGAACAUAGAGCUCUGGGACUGGAUAGUCCCCAGUCUCUUGGGUCACUGCGUGUCUUGAUCAAAGCUCUUUGGAAGCAGGGGAAGGUCGAGGAGGCGAAACAGGUGAUACAAGAGGCGUGCGGUAGUGUUGACAGAUUGGCAGAAGGGCAGUUCUCAGAUUUCCAGCAAGAAGAGAGGGAAGCACUAGAGACAGUUGUCGCUGACUUGAAGAAGUAA